UUGAUCGCCCCCACGCCCCGACCCAAUUGGCAGUUUUUGAAAAAGUGUUAGCUAAAUUAUGGCACAAGUUAUUGAAGAAGCAGAAGACCUAGGCAGCAGCAGUGGCAGCGACGAUAGUGGCGACGAGAGCGCCGCCAAUGAGGUGCCGGUGGCGUCCAACAGCUACUUCAUGUGUUUGGUGUGCAUGAACACUGGGCGCUCGCCGCAGGUCAGCUACUGUGGGCACCACUUCUGUGACGAGUGCAUCCGCACAUGGAUUCAAACUCGGAAGCGCUGCCCGUAUUGCCAGGCGUUUGUUGGAAAGAACACACUCAUUCCUAUUAACAACGAGCCAUCCAUUGAUGAAGAAACCGUCCGAGAACGUCGUGCAUUCGUACCUCAAGAGUUUCACUACGAAACGGAAAAGGCCGUCUUGCCAGAAAUAGGCAUGUUCCAGCGCGGCAACAUUGUGUAUCCGUUAGGGCGCCAGCCGCGUUUCAAACCGUUGCCGCCGCAGAUGCUUAAGAAGGCGCCAAAGUAUCCCAUUCGACGUGUGGUCCUGGCUCCCAACCUACUCCAGCGCGGAAUGACAAUGAUCAUACUAUCCUUCCUGUACGUCAUGUUCCUGAAUAGUGUCUUGAAGGAUUAACAGCCAGGAACUGCGUAUCCAGAUGAGAUAGUUCCAAAUUCUUGCUUCCUGUUUUUCUUGUUUAGUUUUAAAUAAUGUUCAAUAGAAUUGUGUCUGUUUAUUGA